GUGCAUCGAAGGUGGAAGUGAUUGUGUGUUGGAGUUUUUUUUCUUCAGCAGCUUCCUACAAAAGUAUAAUCUCUUUCUCUAGAAGGGAAAACCCCAAAUAAAUCGUCGAAUAUUACUCCAACGUAGCCAACCGCGAUAGCGCAUCAUGUCCACGGAAAAGGAAAACAUUUUCGUCUUCGUGCCGAAUUUGAUUGGCUAUGCCCGGAUCGUACUGGCGAUCGUUUCGUUUUACUACAUGCCCACAAACUAUGUGGUGGCCGGCUGGUGUUAUAUCGUGAGCGUCGUGCUGGAUGCCCUCGAUGGCCAUGCGGCGAGACAUUUCAAUCAAUCCACCAAAUUUGGCGCCAUGCUAGACCAGCUUACCGACCGGUGCGGCACCAUGGGACUGUUGGUGACGCUUAGCUAUUUCUACCCGAAGUACAUGUUCUGGUUCCAACUGUCGAUGGCCAUCGACGUCGCGUGCCAUUGGUUCUACCUGCACACGACUGUCCUGCAGGGUAAGACGUCGCACAAGUUUAUCGAUAUGUCUGGUAAUCCGAUAAUGCGCGUGUACUACACCAACCGAACCGUUUUGGGCUUCAUGUGCUUGUUCAACGAAUUAUUCUACGCCGCUCUGUACUUGUUGCACUUCACUCCGGGACCGAUGAUAUUCGGAAUAUCAUCGUUCAAGCUGCUGGCCAUGUUCUCCGCCCCGGUGGCCAUCGUCAAGACCGGCAUUUCGGUGAUCCACGGCUACGUUGCCAGCAUGAACAUCGGCGUGAUCGACGUGGCCGAGCGUGAAGCUCAACGAGAACGGGAGGCCGCCAAGAAGCCACAAUAAGAUGACCUCAGCCCACCGAGCAGUGUAAUCUAUUGAUAUGGUUUGUAUUAUGGCUAUUACGUCCCUUCCCGUGGUAACCCUUCCUCCUAAGUGUCAAUCCAUCGGAACUAAAACAAUCGGGUAUCCAGUUAUCGUGUCUGAAUAUAGUUUGGGUGAAGAAUUCGUCACUAGGCAGGUGAACCGUAAGAGCACGUGUCUUCCGAUCCUCGCGGAUCACAGAGCCGUGUUUAGCCUGAACGAUAUUCGAGACGUAGUAGUGAUGAAUUAUCGAAAUUGCAAAACAGGUUGAUUUAGGCGUUAAGUUGAUUGCCCCAUACCAAAAGAAUUCGUAACCUAUAUGACAAUUGGCAUUGAUUAUUCGAACCAUUAAAAAAAACUUCGCCAUCAUCGUGUGUUUAAUGCUUCAUUUCUAAAAAAAUAUCGAUGAAAAGUCACUAACAUUAAGAUGGAAAAUCUAAUCGUAUUUUAUAUUAAAACGGUGUACCGUAGUAAGGUAAUGCAACCACACACACACAAACAGCUUUAUCAUUCCACACGUAGGAAAAACAUAUUGGAGAGAGGUGG